AAAGCACCCUUUGUGGUGCCGGUGUGGCACGACCCAGUGUACCACGACCCAGUGCGCCUGCGCCAAUCGAGAUGAUGCGUCGCGUGCUCCUGCGUAGCCCGCGCAGCCACACCCGCCGCGCCGCGUCGUCGUCGGGCAUGCUCACGGGCCAGCGCAUCGUCGCCGCCGUCGGCGGCAACGCGCUCCAACGCCGCGGCGACCGCCUGACCAUCGAGAACAUGCUCAAGGCGGCGAAGCAGAUGGUGCCCGCCAUCUCAGCCAUCCGGUCCGCGGGCAAUGAGGUCGUGCUGACGCACGGCAACGGCCCGCAAGUGGGAGAGCUUGCCCUCGAGCGGUCGAACGCGUCCUUCGACGUGCUCGGCGCCGAGUCGCAGGGCCAGAUCGGCUACGUGCUCUCCCAGGCGUUCCAGUCCGCGGGCGUCAACGCCGCGGCCAUCGUCACGCAGACGCUCGUCGACGCCGCGGACCCCGCGUUCAGCGAGCCCAUGAAGUUCGUCGGCCCCGUCUACGGCUUCAAGGAGGCCGAGGCCCUCGCCAAGUCCCUCGAGUGGACCGUGAAGCAGGACGGCGAGUACUACCGGCGCGUCGUCGCGUCGCCGACGCCGCGCGCGAUCCUCCAGCUCGACGCGGUGAAGGCGCUGCUGGACGCGGGCCAGUUCGCCAUCGCGGCCGGCGGCGGCGGCGCGCCCGUGUCGCGCGUCUUCGGCGACAUCGUCGGCGUCGAGGGCGUCGUCGACAAGGACGCGACGGCCGCGCUGAUGGCGCGAAGCCUCAAAGCGAACGGCCUCAUCAUCCUCACGGACGGCGGCGGCAUCUGGGAGCGCUUCGGCAAGCCCGACGGCCGCGAGAUGCGCAUGGUGACGCCCCAGUUCCUCGUCGCGCGCAAGUCGGGCCAGGCCUUCCCGGGCUCCAUGGGGCCCAAGGUCAACGCGUGCAUCGACUUCGUCACGCGGUCGGCGGUCCCCGGCGCGUGGGCGAUCAUCGGCGACCUCAACGACGCCGCGGAGCUCAUGGCCGGCACCAAGGGCACGCUCAUCAAGGAGGACCUCGGCCCCGGCGGCGGCGACGUCGCCUGGUACGACCGCGAGGACGCGGAGGCCGCGGCCGAGAAGGGGGCCGCGCCCGCCGCGGCCGCCGCGGCCGACGGCGCCACGGCCGAGGCGGCCGACGAGACCAAAGCAGAGCUCGCGGCCUAGGGGCCCCGCAUUCCCGCGGGGGGGCGUAGACUAAGCCGUCAUCCCC